CGCAGAACCCCCAUGGCACUCCGCCAAGAGAGUAAACUUGAAUACGUCCUCACCCUAGCUUCUACUGCAUUCUCCACCUCGACCUCACUGUACACGCUCGCCUGUACCUUCGUUCUCUACAGUCUUCUCAUUUACCCUAUUCUUCCACCGCUCACAACAUGGGAAAGACUGCAGCAUCUUGAGGGUACCAUCCACGAGAUUACGACCCUCUUCAACGAGAACAAUCGCGUCCUUGCAGAUCCUGUCACCGUCGAUAUACAGAUCAACGAUAUACAACUUCACGCAUGCUCCCUCAUCAGACGACUACUCUACGCAAACGCAAGCGUCUCUAUAAACUGCUGGUCUUGGUUCAGAUACCUAUCAGAAAUGAAGGCCAUUUGGACCGAUGUGCGCCAGUGUCAGAUUGAAGCCGACGGGCUGAAGCGGAAAGUGAAGAUUGCAAUGAUCGAGGAGAAGGAAGGACGACUGCGCGACGAAGUCACGCGCAAGAGAAGAUCGUCUACCGGUCGGGGUGUCAUGGCCAGCUUUUAAUAUCUUCCUCUUUUUCGAAGUAGUGAUCUCGUUUGAUCAAUUGUUGAUUCAGCUAUAACACAAUAAUACGGUGACUGAAAACUACAGAAAAAAUGAACCUAUAGACUAAAAUUUCUGCCAUUAAUGAUCUGUGAACAGUGUGAAGGCUUUCUAUAUUUUGGAGCGUUCGGCAUCAGCUAAAAGAUUACAAAUUUUUGAGUUUACCAUCCUGUGAUACUGAACGGAGACGUGCUCUCCUUGGACUUGAACGCCGAGGCUGACAUCGGGAUAGAAUCA